AUGAAGGGUUCCGUUUUCGCGGCUGCUGCCAUCGUGGGCUCUGCCCUCGCCGAGGGCAACCUGCACCGUCGCCACGACGCUCUGCACAAGCGCGCCGUCGCUGCUCCUGCUCCGAACUCCUCCAGCGCCAUUCCUACUCCCUCCGGCAACCCCGGUGGCCCUGCUGAGGAGACGUGCGGCUGCACCACCAAGGUCAUCACCGUCUGGGGCUCUCCCACCCUGAUCCCGAUCCCUCAGACUUCCACUGAGGAGGAGACCACCACCAGCACCUCCACUGUGCACUCGACCAGCACCAGCACCACGACCGUGACCGUCACCCCCUCUUCUUCUGUGGCUCCUACCUCCACUGUCUACGUGAGCCUGCCCACCGGCGGAGUCACCUCCUUCUCCACCACCGGUACCUACACCGUCCCGGCCACCACCCUGACCGUGAGCGACACCACCACUGUUUGCGGUGCUACCACCACCAACGUGCCCAGCGGUACCCACACCAUCGGCGGUGUCACCACUGUGGUCGAGACCGACACUGUCGUCACUUGCCCGUACGCCACUGUUAAGCCUACCGGCACCACCUUCACCAGUGUCAUUGAGUACACCACCUACACUUGCCCUGCUGCCGGUACCUACACCGUCGUCCCCGGCACUGUCACCACCGUGCCUUCCAGCACCGUGAUUGUGUACCCUACUCCCUCCACUCUGACCCCCGGCACUUACACCAAGCCUGAGACCACCAUCACUGUUACCGAGGUUGACACUACCUACUACUGCCCCUUCGCCGAUGAGACCACCAGCAGCGCUGCUGCUCCCACCAUUGCCCCUGCCCCUGCCCCUGCCACCACCACCGCUGCUGCGACCACCACCGCGGCCCCCGCUCCCGCUGCCACCAGCAGCGCUAGCUCUGGCUCCUCUGGCGCCGGCUCUGGUCUCACUGGCGCCGGUCAGUUCGGUAUGACCUUCUCUCCUUACACCCAGUCUGGUGCGUGCAUGACCAGCGAUGAGGUCAAGAAGAACCUUCAGAUCAUCAAGAACAAGGGCUUCAACCUGAUCCGUAUCUACUCUACUGACUGCAGCGGUCUCGAGUUCGUCGGUGAGGCCGCCAAGUCUCUCGGCCUCAAGAUGAUCGUCGGUGUCUUCAUUGACCAGGGCGGUAUCUCCAAGGCCCAGGAGCAGGUCGAGGCUAUCGCCAAGUGGGCCCAGUGGAGUCUCGUUGAGCUGAUCGUCGUCGGUAACGAGGCUAUUUCCUCCGGCUACGUUAACGCUGGUCAGCUCGCUGGCUUCAUCUCUUCCUCCGCCAGUGCCUUCAAGGCCGCUGGUUACACCGGCAAGGUCACCACCACCGAGCCCAUUGACAUCUGGCAGUCUUACGGUAAAUCCAACCUGUGCGAGCCCGUCGACCUGGUCGGUGCCAACAUCCACCCCUUCUUCAACGCCCAGACCACCGCUGAGCAGGCUGGUGAGUUCGCCCUGAGCGAGUACAAGAUCCUCGAGGGUAUUUGCAACAAGGACGUUCUCAACCUCGAGACUGGCUGGCCCAAUGCCGGUAAUGCCAACGGUGCCGCCGUCCCCGGUGUCGCCAACCAGAAGGUUGCUGUGGAGGGUAUUGCCAAGACCAUCGGCUCCAAGUCCAUCUUCUUCUCGUACGCCGAUGAUGCCUGGAAGCCCGCUGGCGAGUUCGAUGUUGAGCAGCACUGGGGCUGUGCCUCGGUCUUCUAA